CUGGCCGCUUUAUGGUUCUUUAAGAAAAAGUUUUUCAAGAAUGUUUGCCCUUCAUGUAAAAAAAAAAAAAAAAAAAAUUCCAAAGAGCAUAGUGAAAAUAUAAAAACCUUGUACUGUUCUAAACCCCUAACUCCCUUUGCCAGAGGCUGUCAGUUACCAGUUUCUUGGGCAUCUUUCAGGAAGUCACCUGCGGGCGUGCAGUAGUGUACUGCAUGUGCUGUUUUUAAAGUCAUUUAUUUAUUUAUUUAUUGUUCCAUUUCAGCACACGGUCUGUUUUUAAAAUAGCCGUAUAGCCGGGCAUGGUGGCUCGUAUUUGUAGUGCCAGCUACUCAGGAGGCUGAGGCCGGAUCAGUUGAGCCCAGUGGUCCAAGGCUACACUGAGUUGUGACUGUGCUCCUGCUGGGGUGAUGGGGCAAGACCCCAUCUUUAAAGAAGAAAAUGUUUUAAUAGCUAUAUCGUAUUUCAUUACAUAGAUGUAUAUAAGCUGAUUAUAUAGGUACAAACCAAAACUGUAUUUACUUGUGAUCAUUUUCUUAGACUCUUCUAAGCAUUUUACCUCCUGGAUUUAUCCUAUGUUAUUUUUACUGUUAUGUUUUGGUCAUUGAACUUAGUAUUCUGAGAAAUUUUGCAGACCCAAUCUAAUGUAUCUUUUGAGGUUUUUAAAACUGUGCCCUGAAUUACAUUUGUUUCAGAUGAAAUUUUUCCUUAAGUGUCUGGUGAUCCCUGGAUUUCUGCUCAUAAUUAAGGAAAAGAAUGCUGACUCACUGGACCCAGAUGCUGAAAAUGCCAUGCGGUACAUAAAUGGAACACGUCUGGAUGACCGGAUCAUUCGCACAGACUGGGACGCAGGCUUUAAGGAGGGCAGGCAGUACGGCCGUGGGCGAUCUGGGGGCCAGGUUCGGGAUGAGUAUCGGCAGGACUAUGACGCUGGAAGAGGCGGCUAUGGAAAACUGGCCCAGAACCAUGAUGUUGGGAACGGACUGGGUUUAAAAAGGGGAGCUUGAAGAUGGAAUGUUUAACAGUCACAGAAGGUUCCUGCAGGAGAUUCCUGUUUUAGCCGUUUCUCAUUUUUUUCCUCAAAUUGUACUUACUGAGGCUUAAGCCUUCACAGUGAGCUCAUGGUUCUACAGAGAAGGGGAGUCUAGGGAAUUUCUUUGGUAUUUGUAAGGCAAGGGGUGAUUUCUCUCUAAUAGAGGUGAGUGAGUUAUUGCUCAUUUAAAACUGUUAAGUCUAGUAUAAUUUUCCCUGAUAGGAAAAAUGAAUUUUUUUCACUUAGCAACAAAGUACCUUCUAACUUCCAACAGUCCUUGAAAGUUGGGGCUGAAGUACCUUAGUGUGAAUGUCUUUCAUGUUAAACUAAGUGUAGAAAUCUGAAUUUUUAAAAGAGCUAUAUAACUAGUUGUAAGUGCUUAGGAAGAAAUUUUGCAAACAUUUAAUGAUACACUCUUCAUUUUUAAAAUUCCUUCACACUGUAAUUUAAUGUAUUUGAUAUUCUUUUGUAGUAAAACAUAACUCAGAUUUCUAUAGGAGACAGUGGUUUUAUUUGGAGUGUCUUCUGUAAUAGGUUUCAAUAAAGCUGGAUGAACGUAU